ACACACAAUCAGUUUCGAAACAACAAUUUUGAGCGACGAGUCGACGACCGGAUCGAUACAAAUAUAAAAGAAAAAAGAGAAAGGAUAACGAAUUUACGUUAUUUUCUGUCAUUGUGGUCCAUUGGCUGAUGUAGGGAGGGCGACAUUGCUAACUAUCGUUAAUCCUAGCUUCAUGCGUUAUCUACGGUGGUAAUCUACAAGUGCAUUCUAGUUCUUGAGCAUUAUCUAAAAAUAAGUGUAAUGUAUGCUUCGAUGGUUGACAAAAAAUAAAUAGAUUUUGUAUCAGUACUUUUAAGAUAAUUGCACAGUUUUGGAUAAACUUCACGUUAUUCAACCGAAAAUUCUGAUUUGCUUUUCUUUUGCUUGAUGGGUAUGCGCCAAAUGUAUUAUAUCCAGAGCGACUAGUAAGGCUCUAGAGAUAGGCAAAGAUGCAAGCAAAGAUGUCAUAAUUUUGCUGUUUAUAAUUUAUAGAAACUUUCAUUUGUUUCCAUUAUUUUUAAUUCAUCUUUCAAAAUACCUUGCUAUCAAUAUACAAUAGCAAGUCAGUUUCAUUGACAAAAAAUUGACUUUGAAAUCAAUCUUAAGAUCCAAAAAUGAAUAUCGUUUUCUAUGUAAAACUUAAAUCGUCAUAAGUUGAAAAUACUCUUGUACCGACUUUUCGAACCCUCUAAGCAGAAUACCCUCUUCGAAUGAGUGUAAUCAGUUUCGGGUGGAAUUAAAAGGUACGAAACUGAUUACACUCAUUUAAAAAUACUGCCAUUUUUCUAUUUGUAGCAUUCGGUAAAAUAGCGCAACCCGCAGGUUGGGUGCUCAGAGUUGAUCAAGAGAGAUGAGAGAGAUUUACUUCAGGGGUCUGCGCUUGUAAAUGAUUAGGAAGUAAUAAAUCAGUUAUGUUCUGACUACGAACCAAAGCGGUCUUAUUAUUGGUGUACCGAGAAACCCUAUUUCCCGAGUUAAAACAGUGUCGGCGAGGAGAAAUAUUCUUUUUUUUUUUUUUGCUAGGUUUCUAGCUGCACUCUGAAUAGAGUUGAAACCUCUACACUAGACCCGAAGAUAGAAAAGAGUACGUAAUCCUUCAGAAGCAGUUUGCCAGCCGUACGCGGAAAAUGAUAUCCAUUAAGACACUGUUGCAACUGACUCAGAAAGUUACGGUAGAAGAUUGGAAAGUUUUCAAUUGGUCAGUCAGUCAGGAUUUGCCUAUGUAGUGUUAUGGUCACACGGUUUGUGUGUGUCUCCUUGUUUGAUGUUGUAAUAUGGAUAGAUAUGUUUUUCUCCUCGUUAAGUCAGUUGUCGUAUGUUUGUUUUUUUUUCAUCGAAUCAAGCAAACCCUGAAUGUUAAAAUAUAGUCGAUCCUGUGUCAAAUUGUUUUCUUGAUUUCGCUAAUCGUUUUCUACUUGUGUUCAUCUCUUGUGUCCUUAAAUUGUCAUCGGUCCAAAAUCCACAGAAACAUGUAACUUCUGAACAUCUAAGAGAUAAUCAAAAAUACGCCAAGUUGGUCAGUUGAUUGCAAUAAAAUUUUAAAAUAAUAAAGAUUUCAUGUCAACUUUCAUCCCGCUACAAAUACCAUUAAAAAUAUUCAAAUUCGUUCAAUUGUCCUAUCGGUCCUACCUAGAUGAACCAUGUCAGUUUCUCAAGCGUAGCCUAGAAAUGUCAACCUAGUCAUACACAAGUAACGUUGUUCAGUUAAUAUAAAGCAGUCAGUUUUUGUCCAAAAUGUCACGUCGAACGCAUUGACGUCAACAAUGCGUUUAAGUGUUCGCACGUUAGCUUCGAAUCUAUCAGCACAAUUAUGUGCUGCAAAUCUCCUUCCCACUAUUGAUUCUUCGGUCGAUUUUAAUUGCUAUAUUUAAAGAAAAUAUGACCAACUAACAUUGUAAAAGUUCGAAAAAGCGACUAUGACAUUAAUAAAUUACUAAUCAAAAUCAACCGAGAAACGUGGGAAAUAGAGCCCAAACAACAUUUUGAAGUCACCUGGCUGUAAAAGGUACCAAAACCUGUCACAAAUCCUAUAAUGCUUUUAUUAGGAUUUGUAACGAUCAUCAAAACCUUCUCAAAUCCAACCGACUUGGAAUUAUUGCGUGGGAAUAGACUCUAAUGAGCCCCGGCGGUUCCUCCGUGUUUAUCGAGCAUGUCUGAUGCAUAUGAUCAGCCAUACUCCAUCUGCAGCAGCCGGUUCGUGAUGAACCGUUGGAGGCGCAUUAAAGUGUUAAAAAGGUGAUAUGUUUCACUAAAGAACACUACAUUACAAUAAUCAAAAUGAAACUCCUUCACUUUAAUACCGUCAACCCCUGCGAACUUGGCCAGGGAGUGUCGGCGAGGAGAAAUAUUCGUCAACUUAUUCCGUUUUUGUCACGUCCACCGGUGAAUUUAGUGAGCUUUUGGCGUGAUUUUUUGCGGUGUAAGUUGAUUUUGGGCGAUUAGUGCAAGGUUGCCGUUUGUGAACAUAGCGUGCAUUUCAGUACAUCAUAACGAUUGUGCUUCGGUGGUUUUUUUUUUUCUCGGUUUUUCUUGUCGCAACACCAUUUUUGCUCCCGUGUUAGGCGCUUUCUUCUGAUACAAUUUGCGCUAACAGCCUUUUAUUGGGAGAAAUAGAAGCGUACUUUUAUUUUGUACGAUUAUCUCAUAAAACAAUUGAGAUAAAGGACUUUUUGUUGUCCACCAUUGAAAGUUGCUGGAGUCGAUUAUAAAUAACACCAUUUUCAUUUUGUCAACAGCGCGGAUUUUGAUUUCCCUGUCGGUGUCUACUGUGGUAGAGUGGCGGUAAAAUCCAUCCACACCCCUUUACGGAAUGACAGUGUGGAGACGUCAAGCCUGACAACUCGCAUCGGAACAGGUGGAAACAGCCAAAGUGAAAAAAGUGCACUCUUUGAUGCAGCUGCAGUUGUGAAUUAAACGAGCUGCCAUACCGGCCGGAUUGCACAAGUGCAUUUUUGUGUUGCUGCCCUUGGGUGUGAAUUCUUCACAGAUCUUUUGUCAUUGUGGUGACUUACUGCCGGCGGUUUGGAGUUUUUUGCAUCUGGCUGUUUCGUGGAGGAUCGCUGUUGCUGCUGGUUGGAGACAAUUGUUGCUGCUGGAGAUUUGCUGUUGCUGUUGUUGGGAGUUGCCCUUUUUUUCAUCGGUUCUGCUACUGCUGCGGUAGCGGCUGUGUGCUUUCACUGAUACCUUUGGCGUUCAGGUCAGGUGAACGAAGCAGCGAUCAGGAUGUCCCUGACAACAACUACCGAACCAUAUGUGCCGGGAUCAAUCCCGUUUUCUCAAUAUUUAGAGCAACUCGAAUUUCUUUUUGAGCAUAACAAUUAUUCAGAGGAUAAAUAUAAAAUUUCCUUUUUGGCCGUGUGUGGCACGGAGGUUUUCAAUCAGGUUAAGUUAUUAUUUCCGGGCCAAAAUGUCAGAGAUUUGACUUAUAGGCAGAUCACGGAUGAAUUAAAGAAAAGAUACGACAAAAAGGACUCUGACGUCAUACAUACGUAUAGAUUUUGGACUCGCAGACAGGGACAGCAUGAGAAAUCGGAAGAUUUCGUCCUUUCUAUUAAACAAUUGGCUGAGCUGUGCGGAUUUGGAGCUUUUAAAGAUCGUGCUAUCCGCGAUGCCUUGGUGAUAGGGACAUAUGACCGCCAGUUGCAGAAGAGAUUAUUCGACGAGGAAGAUUUAACAGCAGCUAAGGCAGAGAAACUGAUAGUUAAUCAGGAGUUGUCGUCGGACAGGACUAGGUUUGUUAAUCGUGAUGAUGAACAAAGAGGCAGUAUUGUAGCCAGGUUGGGUAGAAGAAUGGAGCGCGGUCCAACUCAGCAAGCGUAUAGCAAUAGAAAAAGAAGCUUUGAUAGAAACCGACCUUACUAUUACAGGAGCAGAAGCAAUGGUAGAAGAGAUGACGAUAGGAACACGGAAAAACCAUUCACCUGUUCUUUUUGCCAUAAAGCUGGUCAUACAAAAAAAUUUUGCUUCAGACUGAAGAGAAAGAGUCCUCGGAAGAGUAAGCAGGCAGUAAAAUUUAUUGACUCACCCAAACCAAGCACAUCUCAUACUUCCGGUCUUUUUAAAAGACUUAAGGCAGAAAUGUCUGAUGAUUCGGAUGACGAAGACUCACCCUGUAUGAUGAUUGCGGCUAGAAGCAAAGUUAAUGAGCCAUGUUAUACGGAGGCAAUUGUUCAGGGGCGUAGGAUGACUUUGGAGGUAGAUUGCGGCUCUGCUGAGAGUGUCAUUUCUGAGGCACUUUAUACUCGAUAUUUCAGUAAAUUUCCAAUUGAACAGAGUCGCAAGAGGCUUUACGUAAUUGAUGGAAACAGACUAAGUAUUCUUGGAAAAGUAAAGGUUUCUGUGCAGCUGAAUGGACUUGUGGAAGAUCUGUACUUGAUUGUGCUCCAGUGUGAUAAGGAUUUCGUGCCUCUAAUGGGUCGCAGCUGGUUAGAUGUCUUUUUCAGCGGAUGGAGAAACGCUUUUGCGGGACCAGUUGUGACGAAUCAGUUUGUGAAUGCGUUGACGGUAGAUGGAGCAAGAGAGGAUGCUGUAGCUGACGUGAAACGUAAGUUUCCAACUUUAUUUGACAAGAACCUUUUAAAUCCAAUCGUUGGUUUUAAGGGUGAUCUAAUCCUCAAGGAUGACACCCCGGUAUUUAAGAAGGCAUAUGAGGUACCGUUGAGGUUGAGGGACAAGGUCGUUGAACAUCUUGAUAAUCUGGAAAAAGACGGAGUUAUCACGCCUAUAGAGGCGAGCGAGUGGGCGUCUCCGGUGGUAGUGGUUGUUAAGAAAGAUCAAGGGAUUCGGCUCGUUAUAGACUGUAAAGUUUCUAUUAAUAAGUUGAUUAUACCAAACAAAUACCCUUUACCACUGCCACAGGAAUUGUUUGCCACGCUUUCUGGAUCUAAGGUGUUUUGCUCUUUAGAUCUAGCCGGAGCCUAUUCUCAACUUUUGCUUUCCAAGCGUUCUAAGAAGUUUAUGGUUAUAAACACCAUUAAGGGCCUUUAUGUCUAUAAUAGACUUCCUCAAGGGGCAUCGUCAAGUGCCGCCAUUUUUCAGAAGGUCAUGGACCAAGUGUUGAAAGGGUUGGAAAAUGUGAGCUGUUAUCUGGACGACGUUCUAAUUGCGGGGAAAGACUUUGAAGACUGCAAAAAUAAGCUUUAUUUGGUCCUGGAAAGACUGGCUAAAUUCAACAUUAAAGUAAAUUUAAAAAAGUGCAAAUUUUUUGUAAGUAGCUUGCCUUAUUUGGGUCAUGUUUUGACUGAGAAAGGUCUUUUGCCAUGCCCAGAAAAAGUUCAAACUAUUCGUGAGGCUAAGGCGCCACGAAAUGUAACAGAGCUCAAGGCAUUUUUGGGACUAAUAACGUAUUAUGCCAAGUUUAUUCCGAAUUUGUCUUCCCGAAUAAGAAUUUUAUACGGACUUUUGAAAAAGAACGCUAAGUUUGUAUGGACUCCAGAUUGCGACUUUGUUUUCAACCAAUGCAAACAUUUUUUAUUAAGCCCAAAUGUUUUGGAGUUUUUUGAUCCAGAAAAACCUGUGGUUGUGGUUACAGACGCUUGUAAUUACGGCUUAGGAGGAGUGAUUGCUCACGUUGUCAACGGAGAAGAAAGACCGGUCGCUUUUACCUCAUUUUCCCUUAAUGAUGCCCAGAAAAAAUACCCGAUUCUCCACCUUGAAGCGCUGGCUGUUGUUAGUACGGUGAAGAAAUUUCACAAAUACUUGUAUGGAAAAAAGUUCAUUAUUUACACCGAUCACAAACCGCUUAUAGGUAUCUUCGGGAAGGAGGGACGAAAUUCUCUUUCAGUAACAAGGCUACAACGCUAUGUGAUGGAUCUUUCAAUCUAUGAUUAUGAGAUAAUCUAUAGACCAUCAACCAGAAUGGGAAACGCGGACUUUUGUUCGCGGUUUCCAGUUUCCCAGGAAGUACCUAAAGAGAUAGAUCGUGAGUAUGUUAAGAGCUUAAAUUUUACUGGCGAAUUCCCUCUAGAUUAUAGAUUGAUUGCAGCUGAAACGAAAAAGGACGAAUUUCUUUUAAGAAUUAGAGAAUAUAUUGAAAACGGUUGGCCAGACCGGUUGGAAAAAAGAUUUUUGGACGUGUAUUCACAUUAUCAAGAUUUAGAAGAUGUGGAUGGUUGCAUCAUAUUCCAGGACAGAGUUGUAAUACCAAAUUCCAUGAAGAAUAGUGUUUUAAAACUGCUUCAUCGCAAUCAUGCUGGGAUGCAUAAGAUAAAACAACUGGCCAGACGGACUGUGUAUUGGUUCGGAAUGAAUGGAGAUAUUGAAGAGUACGUUCGGACCUGUAGGAUUUGUCAGGAAACAACAGCGGUUUCGAAGCGUCCGUCAUAUUCACCUUGGAUACCUACAAAUAGACCCUUCAGCAGGAUACACGCUGAUUUUUUCUUUUUUGAAAAAAAGGUAUUUUUGGUAGUUGUGGAUAGCUACACCAAGUGGUUGGAGAUUGAACAGAUGAAGUACGGCACUGACAGCAAAAAAGUAAUCAAAAUAUUUAUGAGUAUAAUCGCGCGGUAUGGAUUACCAGAUGUAUUAGUUACAGACGGGGGCCCGCCGUUCAACUCCAGCCACUUUGUCAACUUUUUCAAGGAGCAGGGGGUUAUUGUUAUGAAAAGUCCUGCGUACCACCCCGAAAGUAAUGGCCAAGCAGAGCGGAUGGUACGUCUAAUUAAAGACGUCCUGAAAAAGUUCUUGUUGGAUCCGGAGAUAAGGAAAUUGGACAUGGAUGAGCAGCUUUCAUAUUUUCUUAUGAAUUACCGUAAUAUCUGCCUUGGAACGGAUAGCAAAUUUCCCUCAGAGCGCCUUCUUUCCUACAAGCCGAAAACAACGUUGGAUUUAAUCAACCCUAAGAAAAGUUUUAAGUAUAACUUGACAGAAUCGGAAGAUAAACAACACAAUUCACCAGAUAAUGCAUGCUCUACUAAUGCAAACUCAGACAAGGACACAACGGAACGAAAUUUUACUAAUUUGCAAAAAGGACAAACUAUAUUCUAUAAAAAUCCAAAUAAAACAGAUAUAAGGUCUUGGUUGCCAGUCAAAUUUAUAAUACAGGUUUCUCCAAAUGUUUUCCAGAUUUCUUUGGGUGGACGGAUCAUUUCGGCGCAUAAACGCCAGCUCAAGAUCCCGACGGACUCUCGCCGGCAAUCAGCUAGACGUUUUGUUUUCAGUGGAGAGAGUCCCAGCACAGCAGUCCAACCCUGCAGCAGCAAAAAUGCAAGUUCGAACAACAACAAGCGUAAGAGGGAUGACGACGGUGAGUCUGAGGAUUCGGACUCGGAUUUUUACGGUUUUGCGGCCGAUUCUUUCCUUUUUGGGGAGGAGAAUGUCUCUGCAAGAGAUUUUUGGGCCAAUCAAGAUGCCGUGAUGUCUGAUCCGAGGUCCGACCGAGAUGAAGUCACCGGAAGCGCGCCUGCUUUAGAAAUGGAAACACAUGUUGGUUUGAGCGACCUACCAGUGAAAAGACGAAGCAAACGUAGUACAAAGAAGCGAAGAAAAGAUGACUAUAUGUAUUAUUGAAUUACUUUUGAGAUCCUUUAUUUUUUGAGUUUAAAACUAAUUAAAUGAAUUUGUGAACUUUCAAAAUUUGAAUGGCGUAAAUCUCGAUGUUAAGAAACAUAGUAGGAAGAGCUGAAAAUUGAUUAAAGUAUUUUCUCAAGGGGAAAGAAGUUGUAGCAUUCGGUAAAAUAGCGCAACCCGCAGGUUGGGUGCUCAGAGUUGAUCAAGAGAGAUGAGAGAGAUUUACUUCAGGGGUCUGCGCUUGUAAAUGAUUAGGAAGUAAUAAAUCAGUUAUGUUCUGACUACGAACCAAAGCGGUCUUAUUAUUGGUGUACCGAGAAACCCUAUUUCCCGAGUUAAAACACUAUUCAUAUGAGACAAUAGUAAGAAAUCAAAGCUUGUUUUUAUCAGAGAUGGCGCCACCACAUUAAAAGUAAAAUCAUUUUUCUUGUAUGGACAAAUCGCUGGCUUGCACUUGUUCCGCAUCGCAGCGAUUUGUACCCUGGGGAAAAAAGUUGCAAAUUAGAAACAAAAUCAUUAGGGGGCAUCCAUAAAGUACGUCACGCUCAGAGGGGGGAGGGGGGGUUCAGGAAAGUGUGACAAGCAAUGCAUUAGGUAUACGAAAAACCCGUACGAAGGGGGGAGGGGGGGUCGAAAAUUCCCAAAUUUCGCGUGACGUACUAAAUGGAUGCCCCCUUAUACCUAUGCGUUUCUUCCGGAUUCAUUACAGUAACAGAGAAUUUAUUACGCCACCAUACUAAUUUCAAGCUGUUUACUUCUUUUUUUCUGACUGGCAUUUUCCACCCGUGCUGCGCAUGAUGUUUCCGAGUGGAUAGGUGCAGGCGGCGCCGCUGUAUAUGUGAAAAACACGUGGAACACGAGCGCCGUCUACGAUCGCAUAGCGUAACCUUCGCCGUUGCUUUACACUGUUAUCACGUUUACCGCAUUUAUCAGAAAUGCGCCUCUACCGGCACUCUAGCAAAAACGCAGCUGAUUGCUUCCUAUUAUGCGAUCAUAGGCAGAAAUAUUCAGUUUUCUGAUAUUGUUUUUUUCAGUGCUUUGAAAUUUCACAUAAAGAGAAAUCUGGAAUUUUGGCUACAGUAGAUCACCUAAAAUUAAAAAAAAAACGGCAGCUAUGAAAUGAACGGAUAACGCCACCGUAGCCUUGUAUGUUUGGAGUAACUUGACUGCUGUCACUGUGGGAUUAACACAAAAGGCCGAAUCACGAAAGGCCGAACCACGAAAAGCCGAAUCACAAAAGGCCGAAACCAGUAUAACUACCACAAAAGGCCGAUUCACGAAAAGCCGAAGGUAACGAGAGGCCGAAUGUAAUAAAAGGCCGAAGGUAACGAAAGGCCGAAUGUAACAAAAGGUCAAACGUAACGAAAGGCCGAAUUACGGAAGACGCAUAUCAACUCGGUUUCCGUUUAGUUAAAAGAAUGUAUGUAAGGGUUGUUUAAAUGUUUUAUAACCUCAAAUUGAAAAAAAGCCCAACUCCAACGUAAAAUGCACAUGAAUGCGAACCAUGCGGCGUAGCUGUUGAGGAACUGAGGCGGCAGAAGGCCGCCGAAGUAUCCGAUAUCCGAUGCACCGUAAUUGCAUCGACUCGAAUCCAAGGAAAACAACAAUUCCAAUAGUAUCCUAGGUAUAAUGCGAACAGAAGCUGUUAUCUUUUUCUAAGUCCGACGAGCGUUAGCGAGUGCGGACAACAAGCGUUUCCCUAUAUAAAUAUAUAGCAAACGUAGUUGUUCGGCCGGCUAUUUAGCCUUUCUAUCAUUAUGUGCUGCUGUUAUAGGCUUAUUAUGCUAUGUUAUGUAUAAUCAUCACUAUACAUGUCAUAUUUGUAGUCAAUAUGUAUUUGCUUUAUUUUUUUUCGGUUUUGAUAUACAUAUAUGGUAAAAGUAAUGGAAAGGAAAGGGUUAAGUAAAAAAAAUGGCUACUUUUGUAAUUUGGCCUUUCGUUACUUUCGGCCUUUCGUAACAUUCGGCCUUUCGUUACCUUCGGCCUUUCGUUACCUUCGGUCUUUCGUUCCCUUCGGCCUUUCGAGCUUCGGCCUUUUGUUACCUUCGGCCUUUCGUGCUUUCGGCCUUUUGUGAUUCGGCUUUUUUGUGAUUCGGCCUUUCGUGAUUCGGCCUUUCGUAGUAGUCCCGUCACUGUGUUAUCACCAGUUUUUGUUUUGAUGCGGCUAGUAGCGGAAAAGUUGGCUUCAAUGAUCGAUAGUGAAGAAGAAAUUAGCCAACAUUGAGCCGUUGACAUUUUUGGAAUUCUAUGUUUUAAUAUAAAUGUGGAGAACAUUCGGAGUUUUCGAGCGACACGUGCUAAGAACGAUCAUCGGCGGUGUACAGGAGAUCGGUGUGUGGCAAAGAAGGGAGAACCACGAGUUCGCUGCACUCCAAGGUGAACCUACCACAUACAGAAGGUGGUCAAAGCCGGUUGGCAGGGCAUGUUGACAACGAGCCUGUAGAGUUGAUGUUCGCUACUGAUCCGGGUAUUAUAAGAAGGCGUGAAGCACAGAGAGCACGACAGGAGAGCCAGGAGUGUGACCCGGCGAGCAUUGGGCGUGAUCGAGGACGGAGCAGCAACCACGAAUCAAAUGUUGUGGCGUACUGUUGUUGAUUACCGACAUCUGGUAGACAAUAGAAUCUGAUACAAAUGAUGUAAAAAGCGUUGCAUGGUUUUGAUAGUUUUGAUGGUGAGUCAAUAAGAAGAGCGUCCUACAUAGUUCUGGUCCUCACAAGUCAAACGAUGACAAAGACCGCCAGCUAAAAGUUGAGUGCUUAGCUGGUAGUGCAGCCUGGGAACUGUUGUCCUUCUGACUUCAGCUAGAUUGAGGAGAUACGAUCCGAGCGUCUGCUCACCAAGGAGGUGCGGCUCAAACAGCGUCUGUUCUGGCAUCCAGCGGCUGAGUAAGAAACGCUGCACCCUGCCAGCUAGAUCCAAGGUGAUCGUCCCAGUGUUGGUUGGGACAUUAAACAGAACUGGCACGAUGGCCCUCCGGCGAGACAGGAGUGUUGGCGUAGGGCCAAUAAGCCACCCGUAAAAAUCCCCAUUGCGAAUAACAUAGGAGAAAAUACGACUCGAUACAAUCGGCAAAGACCCACGCGACGAAAUAAGGACUACGAUUGGAAACUUGGAACAUGGAAUUGCAAGUCACUAGGUUUCGCAGGAUGUGACAAGAUAAUCUACGACGAACUACAUCUCCGCAACUUCGACAUCGUGGCGUUGUAAGAACUUUGUUGGACUGGACAAAGAGUGUGGAAAAGCGGGCAUCGGGCAUCGACCUUCUACCAAAGCUGUGGCACCACCAAUGAACUCGGGACAGGAUUUAUAGUGUUGGGCAAGCUGCGACAACGUGUGAUCGGGUGGCAGCCGAUCAAUGCAAGGAUUUGCAUGUUGAGAGUUAAGGGCCGUUUCUUCAACUACAGCAUCAUCAACGUACACUGCGCACACGAAGGGAGACCUGAUGACGAGAAAGAAGCGUUCUACGCGCAGUUAGAACAAACAUACGAUGGUUGCUCGCCGCGUGCUGUGAAAAUCGUUGUCGGUGAUAUGAACGGGCAGGUAGGAAGGGAGGAAUCGUAUAGACCGGUAAUCGGGCGAAACAGCCUGCACGCCGUAUCGAAUGAUAAAGGCCAGCAAUGCGUAAACUUUGCAGCCUCCCGUGGUAUGGUAGUCCGAAGCACCUUCUUUCCCCGCAAAGAUAUCCACAAAGCCACCUGGAGAUCACCCAACCAACAAACAGAAAAUCAAAUCGACCACGUUCUAAUCGACGGUAAAUUCUUCUCGGAUAUAACCAAUGUCCGCACAUACCACAGUGCCAAUAUAGAUUCGGAUCACUACUUAGUCGCUGUAUGCAUGCGCUCAAAACUUACGACAGUUAUCACCACGCGUCGAAGUCGAACGCCGCGACUCAACAUCGAGCAGCUGCGUAACGUAGAAGUGGCUCAAGACUACGCGCAGCAGUUAGCAGUGGCCCUACCAACGGAAGAGCAGCUUGGCGCAGCUACACUUGAAGAUGGCUGGAGGGACAUCCGAUCCGCCAUAGGUAGUACCUCGGCUACAGCACUAGGCUUUCUCGACUCCGAAUCACAUACCGUGCCAUGCCCUAAUACCGUGUGCCUCCUAAUACCGUGUAUUUGACAAAAAACUCAAAUAUUUUACUAAGUGUAUUAUUUUUUUAACUGAGUAACUAGUUCAAUCAAUAGCAUAUUAAACCUUCUCAAGUUAAGCGUGAUAAAUUUGGCACAUGUUUACAAAAACAAGCAACUAUAAAUAUUUACAGAAUGUGAGUGCAAAGUACCAAUACACGGUAUUAGAGCUUGGUUACUUUUGUGUUCCAAAUACCGUGUUUCGGCUAAAACUUGCAAAAUGAAAAUAUUAUUGAUACUUUUUAUUUUAUGAAUCAAUUGCACAAACCUCUAGGCAACGUUUGACGCACAGGUUCUUCUAAGUAUGAGCUUAGUAUGAUUGAUAUAGUGAUGAUUCUAAGGACCACCAAUGUAUGCGGGUCACAUACACGGUAUUAGGAACAAUGCUAUGUUUUACAAUUUUGAUUUUAACAAUGGAUUAAACAUUUGGAAUUCCAUUAAUCAUAUUUAUUAUACAUAAUACACACAAUAAGCAAUAAUAUAGCGUUUGAAAAAUCAAGAAACAUGGAUUAUUGAUUUUUACAUGGCUCUUUGAAGUGAAGGGCAUCCUUAAGGUCACGGUAUUAGGGCAUGGCACGGUAAACGACUGGUACGACGGCGAAUGUGAACAGUUGAAAAACGAGAAGAAUGCAGCAUGGGCGAGAAUGCUGCAACACCGUACAAGAGCCCAUGAGGCACCUUAUAGCAGAGCGUUAAUGAUUAAUCAUAAAUUUAAUCAUGAUUAAUGAUUAAUGAUUAAGAUUAAUCAAAAAUCAUUAAUCAUAAUCACAAAAGUUUCUCAUUUAAUCAUUAAUCAUUAAUCUUAAUCACACUCAUUUCGCAAUUUAAUCAUUAAUCAGUAAUCUUAAUCAUGAGAAAAAAAGUUAAUCAAUCAUUAAUCAUUCAUCACCAAAAAAUGAUUCAUCAUAUAAAAUAUAUUAUUCAAUUAAAGUUGGUUUAAAUGCUGUUCUAAAUAUUAUAAUUUAUGGUUCUUCUUUCAAAAAUCUCCCAGACAAAGUUACCUUUUACUUUUGAAACCUUAAAAAUAUUUUUAACAACAAAUAUAUUUUAAUCUCCUCCAGUUUUUGUGAUUGAUUAAUCAUGAUUAAUCAUGAUUUUUAAUCAAUGAGCCAUUUUUAAUCGUUAAUCAUAAUCAAUAAUCACAGAUAAAACCAAAUUUAAUCAUUAAUCAUAAUCUUCAAUAAUUAAUCAUUAAUCAUAAUCAAUAAUCACUGAAAUAAAAUUUUAAAUCACCAAUGAUUAAUCAUGAUUAAAAAUCUUGUUUAUCAUGAACGCUCUGCCUUAUAGACAGGCACGGAACAGGAAGAACGAGAUCGUGAAGCGAUGGAAGAGCUGUACCGCGCUAAGGACACACGAAAGUUUUACGAGAAGUUGAACCGCUCGCGCAGAGGCCACAAGCCAACAUGUGCCGAAAUAAUCACGGGAAUAUUCUCACGAGCGAACGUGAGGUGGUCGAGAGGUGGCGGCAGCAUGGUGACGUUGCAAGCACCGAAGAUGGCGUGGUAACAGAUCUAGGAGUACGUGCGCAGGACGAAAGAUUUUCAGCCCCUAACCUCCAAGAGAUUGAGGAGAAGGUUAGCCGCUUGAAAAGCAACGAAGCCGCUGCAGCAGAUCAACUACCAAGCGAGCUUCUAAAAUACGGUGGAGAAGCACUUGAGUGCACUACACUGGGUCAUUACCAAGAUUUGGGAGGAGGAAAUAUUACUCGAGGAAUGGAUGGAUGGUAUCGUGUGUCCCAUCUACAAAAAGGGCGACAAGUUGGAUUGCGGGAACUAUCGCGCGAUCAAAGUACUGAGCGCUGCCUACAAGAUACUCUCACACAUUUUAUGCCGCCGCCCAUCACCGAUUGCAAUAUAGUUCGCGGGGCAAUAUCAGGCUGGAUUCAUGGGUGAACGCGCUAUAAUGUACCAGAUGUCCGCCAUCCGCUUAGUGUUGCAAAAAUGCCACGAAUAUACCGUGCCCACACAUCACUUGUUCAUCGAUUUUAAAUCGGCGUAUGGUACAUUGAUACAAUCGAACGAGACCAGCAGACUAUGCCCGAAUACGGAUUCCCGGAUAAAAUGAUACGAUUGAUCAAGGCGAUGAUGGAUCGAGUGAUGUGCGUAGUUCGAGUAUCAGGGACACUCUCGAGUCCCUUCGAAUCUCGCAGAGGGUUACGGCAAGGUGAUGGUCUUUCGUAUUUGCUGUUGACCAUUAAAAUUAAAAAGCAAUUGCUAUAGAGGUUGCAAUAAGGAGAGCAGGGAUAAACACGAGUGGAACGGUUUUCAUGAACUCCGUUCAGCUGCUUGGUUUGAUGAUGAUAUUGAUGUUAUAGCUUGCAAAUUUGAGACGAUAGCGGAAACGUACAUCCGACUGAAGAAUGAAGCCAGGCGAAUCGUUUAGCCAUUGGUGUGUCAAAGACAAUGUGCAUGAUGGUAAAGGGCUCAAGAUAGUAAUCAAUGCGCCGGCCAAAUUUCUAUCGACGAUGAUGAAAUCAAGGCAGUUGAAGAAUUCGUGUAGUUGGGCUCACUGUUGACGGGAGCGCCGGCAACGACACGAACGGGGAAAUUCAGAGACGCAUUGUGCCAGGAAAUAGAGCUUACUUAGGACUCCGCAGAAUUCUACGAUCGAACAAAGUCUGCCGUCACACCAAGUUAACUUUCUACAAAACGCUGAUUAGAUCGGUAGUGCUCUAUGGGCACGAAGCAUGUACCCUACGUGCAGAGGACCAACGCGCCAUUGGAGUUUUUGAAAGGAAGGUGUUGGGUACCAUCUACGGCGGAGUGCAGAUGGAAGACGGGACUUGGAGAAGGUGAAUGAACCACGAGCUGCAUCAGCUGCUGAGAGAACCAACCAUCGUCCAUACCGCGAAAAUCGGGAGGCUACGGUGGGCGGGUCACGUCAUCAGGAUGUCGGAUAGCAACCCGACUAAAGUGGUUCUCGAGAGUCAUCCGACCGGUACACAAUGGUCGGGAAAAGAUAAAGUUCGGCCAAAACUCUUUUUAUCUGUUUAAUCGAAGUUAUGGGUUGUCUAUAUAUAUAUAUGUUAUAUAGUAUUUUUAGUGUUUAAAAAGGGGUAUUCAAAAAUUACGUAACUUCAAUAAUUUCAAAAACGGUAAAAAUCAGUAAACCCCUAAUUUUUUGCGUUUUUUGUUAGAAAAUCAAUUUGAAUUUAAUAAAAUGAUCAUUUUUCGAUCAAAUCCAAUCAAGUUUGUUCAAAACGUGUAAAAAAUGUGGGAAGAUAAAUUUUAUUUUAGUCAAAAAUGGAAAAAUAACGUAAAAUAUAUAAAAAACAUGACUUUUUUUAAAUAGCUUUAAUUUGAAAAACUGCAAAUUUCUGCAAAAUAUUUAAACGUUUUUAUGCAGCUCUAAGCAUGAUGUUUAAGAUGUACUAUUCGAAAUUGCGGCGACACGUGACGACACGAACCGUUUUUAACUUAAAAAUUACCAAAAUUCCUAAGGUACAAUAUAUGAAAAUUUGAAAAGUUUUGUGACAUAUUAAUUUUCCACCAUACGUGCAUUCAAACAGGAUAAUAUAAAACAUAUAUUCCAUUCUCAUAAUAUUAUUUCACUUUUUUCGAAAAAAUCAUUUUUUAAUUUUAUGACUUCGGCUACUUUGGCAGUGAAAAUGUCAUUGAAAUACAAAAGCUGGUAUACUUUUAAUUAAGAAUCAUAAAACUACAACACAUUAUCUUUGUUAUAAGGUGAAAUAAAGUUUGAAAAUAUCAUUUUCGUUUUUUGAGAGUUUUGGCCGCCCCUUUAUAUGGAGCCCGACCAAUGUGCGGUACAAGAAGACGUGGUGCGCAGCGAGCUAGGUGGGUCGACCAAGUGUAGGACGAUAUGCGGACCCCACGCAGAGUCCAAAACUGGAGACAAACAGCCAUGGACCGAGUGGAACGGAGACGGCUACUAUGUACAGAAGAGGCCACCCAGGCCUUAGCCUGAUCGGUAAAGGUAAGUAUAGCCAUGGAGCACUAAGCCUAAUUGAAUGUACGACUCGUUCAACAAAAAUAUUUUUGAAGUUUGUUACUUCAACAACUAAUUUGAAUUAUCAUUGAUAUCCUCUAUUACAAUACCUUCACAUAAGCAAUUUAAUGCCUCGUUUAAAGCAACCGUCUAAGCUCAAACUAGAACAAACUUGUAGAUUUACACUUCCGAUGCGCACAAUCCUAGAUAACUUAUUGGGUUUAGAGAGGAUUUACACGGUUUAGAAAAUUCAGCAGAGAGAAAUUUAGUGUUCAUUUCCUAAUGAUAAUAAUCAGGAUGCAGUAACAAUAUAUUCGAGGAGAAACAAAACUUUUAUACAUUUCACAUUCAGUAAUAUGCUUUGUAGUAAUGUCAAUAGGAAAGGAUCAUGCAGAUAUAAAGUGGAAUAAUAUAUAAUAAUGAAAGUAAACCGGCUAACAACAACAAAAGUAUACAAAAUCGCAGGCAAAAAAACUCUCUAGGCCUAUACCUGAUCUGAUUAUUUAGAAUAAAUAUGUAUAUUAUAAAGAACGAUAUUCACCGCUCCGGAACCAUCACCAACUACCACAGCAAAGAAAAAAAAUCAAAUAGUUUAUAAUAAAAAUGAGUAAAUAAUUUUUCAGUGGGCCUUUUUCCUAAGCUAACCUAUCAAUUCAUAUAAAGUUGUUAAAAAAGGCGAUAAAAUUACAAGCUUUGAAACAUUUGGUUCUUGUUUGUUAAAAAAUGGUUAAUUCCAAAAAACUCAAAAUCGCUAGAAAAGACUCCAUUUAUUAGUAUCGAGUAAGGGAAAAAACAAAACAAUUUUAACAGCAGCGAAACGAACCGGCAUCAUGCAUGUUUUACACCUAUGGAAGACUUGGAACGAAUAUUCUUCUAUUAACAGCGUUCCGUUAUGGUCCAGCAGCAAGUAACAGCAAUUAAUAUAGUCGAACUCCGCAAUAAAGUAAACUGUAACAUAUCUGUAUAACAAAGCUAGAAACUCUACGUUUGGAUAAAGGUAGCUAAUAUGAUAAUCUAUAAAAUAAUCAAUUAUUAAAAAGAAAUUAAUACUCCAAUCCAAUAUGCAUUAUUCUUUUAAUUUUACCUACGUUUUGUCUACAAGGUUUAAUAAGCACAAGCAAAUUUUAUUACCUAAUUUCUUUUCAUUUCUACUGUUCAAACAUAACUAUCCGAAAUAUACAAACUUGCUACUUCGAUAGAUGAAAUAGGAAUACAAUUGGUCGUAUAAGUCACAAGCAAAUCUCACAAAUUUGCGAAAUAGUUGAAUGAGGACCUUCGAGAUAUUCUUGGAAUUGAAACUUCUUUUUGAUUUCGAUAACUCUGCCGAAACAGAACUAAAACAAUUGUAUAUGUAUUACUCGAUACGAUUAGUUAGGCAAAUAUAAAACAAAAUAUAACCCGACCAAAACAUUGAACUCUCAGAAGUAGUAGUUUGUAUAUCUCUUAGUAUUGUUUAAAAAGUAAGGAAGGGAGAAAGCGAGCUCUUCCACGUGUUUUCCGUGAGAUAAGGGUGUAUGUGUGUAUUUGUGGGAUGUGUCUGUGUACAAAUAUAGUCAGUGCGGUGGAUGUGUUAAUUUUUGUUGAUUAUAAUAAAUAGAAAAUAAGGAACAACGAAAGAGGCAACAUAGGGACGCCAAAAACAAUAAGGAGAAGUUGAACAGCACUCAAACCUUUUUUCCAACAAUGGGAACAACUAGAAAAACAUCAAUAACUAACAAACAGGGAAGGGUUUUCUACAUUAACUUGAGAAACUUCAAGGAAAAAAAGGAAUGAUACAAUACUAAAUUUCUCUUAGAAACUGCUGUGAAAGGACAGAAGGAUAAAGGAUUACAGGAAUCGGGAGUCAUAUGACAUUGCUAAAAAGUGGUGAAUGGUGCUACAACAGUGUGCGUGAAUCACCCUCACAAAACGUGACC